UCACUAAAAUUCAAACUAAAAAACUAUCGAUCCUACCGAGAUUUUACUUUCACGAUACGUUAGAGCAGCUGAAAACUAAUUUCAUACAAAUUUUUGUUUCAAAAGGGUUCUUGGUUUUGUGAUAGAGUACGCUUGAAUUUCUAAGCUUUUGCGUGACGCGGCAUUUACAUGACUGCCAAGAUAGCUGUCAUGUACGUUAAAAACAUGACUUAUUUCAGGAAAUUUUGCCAUCUAAACAGUUCAUGUAUAAGAAAAAGUAUUCCUUUAAUGUUUAUGAGUUGCUCGAAGAAUGAAUUCACGCUUUUGUAGCAAAACUCGGUAGCAGAUGUUUCUGUUGGUUUCCGUCCGUCAUGUUGGAGCUCAUUCAGGUGAGUACCAGCAAGGCGUCUACAUACAAAUCUCUAUAAGUUUGGGUAAAACAUUUCUUUGGAUAUCUCGUAUACGAAAUAUUCCUCUGAAAUGAAUCUUGGCGAGGGUCUUUGUAUAUGUAUCUCCUUUCAUUUCCCAGAUUCUGGACUUUAUCAAUUGAAAGGUUUUGAUUUUUAUUUUGAUCUGUUUUGAAUGGCGUGGCACUGAAAACCAGCAAUAAGUAAUAUGGUUCCAUAUUAAAUAUAAAAAAAAGAAAACUAAUAGAAGGACAAAAAAAAAAUGAAAUAAUCAUGAUGUGAUAGAUACCUAGACAUAUAUAGCCUGAGAGAGGAGAUAUUAAUUACUUUAAUACUAAUUAAAAAGUGAUUUUUUUUAAGAUUGGCCAUGAUUUUGUCAUUAUCUAUACAGUUGUCUUCGGUUUUCAAAAUAUUUAAUAAUGCUCCUUUAAGUUUUUUUUCUGAAAGUCUUCUUUAGUACGUUUUUAAGCUAUUCAGUUUGGUAUCUCGUUCUACAUCUUUGCGCCAACACGAGAGAACGCAUUCUUCUGUAUAUCAAGUCUAGAUUUUUUAUGUGGAAGUGUUUGUCAAGUUGAUGAGCGUGUAAAAUAGUGAUGUGAUUUUGUCCUAGAAAACAAGUUCAAACUAUUUAUCUGUGCAUUUCUUUCGUCUAUUUCGUGUAGUUUUCCACCAGCUCGCGCACGCGCCUGGGCUGACAUAGCACCAACCUGGUUCCCGUGAUCUUCUCGUUUUCCAGUAAGGCGGCGACAGGUGAGAAGACCCUGGAACACAGCAACCUAAAACGAUCGCUGAUCGGUGCAUUUCAUACAUGGGCUCUGAUUGGUUUACAUCUUCAAAACAAAGAUGGUGGCUAUUGGAGGGUUCUUAAGGUAUGGGUUCUUUGUGGGAUCCCGAAAGUCACGUGACUCUGCUGUGUGCCAGGGUCUUCCCUCCUGCCGCCGCCAUAUUGGAAAACGAGAACACCCUGGGGACGAGGCUGACAUAGUCCCUUCAAUUGUUAUUCAAACAUUGAGUAAAAACUUCAAACAUCUUCACGAAAAUCAAGUUUCUUUCGGAACAUGCAGCCUGUGACUCUAAAAGCGUUAGUUUUGUUGCUGAUAUGAACAGCAACAAAAAAAUUGUCAUCGUGCGAAUACACAUUUUUAGGGUGGGUAUUUUGAAGUUUUUGAAAGUAUAUGAUGUCACCCAGUCCAAAUUUUGCCAUAACUGAGGGAUUCCGCUCGCGCUGAUGAUUGCUCGAGAGCUAUGUUCGAUAACACUACAGACAUUGGAAAUGGCGAGAUGGUGGCGCAAUUUGUUUUUCUCUUUUUCGCAUACGCGAUUUUCCGAGAAACUUCAACGGAAAUGGACGUUAAAUCUGUCAAUGUUAAAAAAACAAAUCGACAAUAAUCGACCAUAAAAUGACCUUAUCGACCAUAAAAUGACGUCAAACACUUGCACUUGAGUUUUGAACUUUUUUGAGAACGUCAUUUCUAUGGUCGAUAAGAGUACAGACCAUGGAAAUUGUUGUCGAUUUGUUAAGUAUACUGGCAAGCUACUCAGAUCAUACCUAAGGGAGGAGGUUUUCACGACUAUUAAUGCACUGUAACCUUUCUCAGGUGUUUGCUGGGAACACUGACAGAAACACAGUAAUCAUACACACCUUAAAGCCCCACAUCGAAGCUCGCUUUAUCCGGUUUCAUCCAUUGACUCACAAUCAUAAUGCCCCUUGCCUGAGAACUGAACUGUAUGGCUGUCGAAGUGGUAGGUAUCUCGUGUCACUUCAUAUCUUAGUGUGUAUCCAUCUUUCUUUUAUUUAUUUAUUUAUUUAUUUUACUUCAUGUCUUCCUAAACACUGAUUUAAAUAAUUAACCCUUUUUCAGCAUAAACUACAUUACUUGUUGUUAGUAUCAAGUAUCAAUAUCACGCGUACGAAUGCUGCAAAUCUCUUAACCGUGUUAACCUGAGAAUCAGGCCCAACUUUAGCAGCUUCCAUACAUUCUCUCUUAAGUGGUCGCGCUAAACUAAGGCCUAAUCCAACUGUCUCAUGCCUUUGUGCUGUAGCCAGAAUUUGGCCGCAACGUUGAUUGGUCGUUAGAACGAUGCCAAACGAUCUGAUUGCCUGUUGGAAUCACCGGAAGUUGAAAGCACUAAAAUGCUCGCGCUAUUUCUAAAUGAUCCGUCAUGAGCAGAGAGGAGAAUUUUUCUUUAUCUUUUGGAGGGGUUUGCGGUUUCAGGAAAUGAAACCUAACUUAGUUUAUUUAUUUGUCAUGGACAUUCCAAACGACUGCUUUUUUGCAUUUGCUCGAAAGUUAUGAAUUUAUGUGAAUGGAUUGCGGAUAGAGUUGAAGGGUUUCGAGUAGAAGUUGUCUGCAGAAAAAAGCGUACUUAAGGUGGCUCGAUAUUGCUCCUUCAGAGCCGUAGGACACGUAAGAGCUCGCGACUAUCGAAGAACGGAAAUAUCUUGAUUGGCUGUUCCGGUAAAUGUCAAUCAAUCAAAAAAGUGGGCGGCAACGUCUCAAAGAAGAUUUGUAUCAGGUUUUCUUUUCAUUUUGCCUUUCCCGCCAGAAUUUCAUUUAUGAAGCGAAACGAAAAUAGCGCCUGAUCUCAGGUUAAACCGUCUUUUCUUCAUUCCCGAUCUAAAUACUCUUUAUGUGAAUGGUUUUAAGUGGUUUUGAGCAUUUUAGCUGUCGGAGGACGAACAACGCGAGCUGUCUGUAUUUUGACAUCGUUUUAAUUUGAUAUUUUAUUCAGUGAAGAACUGCUUAAUGCCCGUGGGGGUGGAAGACGGUAGAAUUCCAGAAGAGGCAUACUCUGCUUCUUCCUCUGCAGGUGCCAACUACCUUCCAAACCGAGGCAGGCUUAAUUUACUACCAAAUGGCGGGAAAUAUUGUUGGGCUGCUAAACAGAAUAAUGCUAAUCAAUGGCUUCAGGUACGCUAUCUGGAAUACAAGCCAUUUAUAACAUUAUCUCUUACGAUCUAUUAACGCGUUACUAGCUAAAUUAGUUUUUACUACUUUAAAGCGCUGAGAGAAGUUGCAAUAAGAGCCCUUUGCAUUUUAGAGAGUCUUCCUUCCAUGAGCUGUUAGCAGAUAACCUAGAGCUUGCUAAAAAGUGUACAUUUCAAAUUUCUUUGAAGAAUAAAAAUAUUGCACAUGAUUGGCAAAAGCUAACCUUUUUCGUGAGUUUUCGAAAAAAGCAUAAUAUUUUGUCCUUUUGAAAUUAAAAUAUACCUCUAAAUCCUAUUUAACUUCAGACGUUUUCCAGCACUAUUCUCGUGAAGAUAUACUUUGAAAGCUGAAUUUUCAUUGAAUUACAAUUGAUUCCCAUGGUUAAGAUCCUUUAAAAUUGGUAUGUGAAACUAAAUUGAACUAAGCUGUCAAAGAAACUGCAUGUUCGGCUUAGAACAAUGGACUCAGCUCUGUGUAUCUUCUCAUUUCAGGUUAACCUGGGUCGCCUGUUCAAAACAAGAGGCGUGGCCACUCAGGGUCGCCAUGACAACAACCAAUGGGUGACCAGAUUCUCAGUGUCUUAUACCGCAGACGACCUCAACUGGGUUUACAUCCGAGAAGACAGUCAAAUUAAGGUAAUAAAAACAGAAAAAAAAAAGGUGACUGACUGCUGUUUUUGGCGCGAAAUACUGGAUGGCGGCGUUAGCUUGCUGAACGACAGGUGACUAAGUUAUCGAUUCUGUUAUGCUGGUCAUCCGCGCUUUUACCUAUUGGCUGAUUUCAAACCAAGGAGGGUUGGGUACGAGCCCCUGUAUUAGGGAAUAAACAACAGGUAACCCCAAUAGUCAAAAAGCGCUCAACGAGCUUUGCAAAGGUCUCACGUUUGGUAUAUUGAUCGAGGCACUAUUGAACAAGAUAUAACCGUUUAGAAAACUUGAAAAUUUACUAAGAGAUGUAUGGAUUUCCCGAGUCACCCUACACACUAUAGGGAUGUCAGGUUCGAUUGCCAGUCGCUGUUUGGGAAAUGAGCCCGCACUCCUCACCUCCGCAAGAGAGCGGCGGAAAUCGAGUCAGUAUGGAUGUCUACAAAAUUCUUAGUGAAUUUUGGAGUUUGUGAAUGGCUGUAUCUCGUUCAAUAAAGGCCCGAUGAACGCUUAACUUGAGGGUUUUGUAAAUGUCGGUUUCCUCUUUUUGACUACGUGGGUCUCGAGUGGUUUAUAUCAUUAUGCAUUUCUUUCAAAGUUUCUCCACGCGUCAGAAUCAGUGCACGCAAGCGGCGAACAGCAAAGCCGAAAGCGCAGUAAGAACUGGACGGAUUUUCUUUGCUUUUAAUCUCGAUUGCUGGGAUACGAACGUAGCAGGUUUUAAGACAAAAGUCAGACUGCAAACAGUCUGUUAAGAACAACUGUAGCAGAACAUUGCAAGCGUGUCAGAAUAGAAAAAGGUUUUGUCCAGCACAAAUGACUUCACUGACCUUUUUUGACCCUCUUAUUAGCUUGCUAACUAAGGACGAUUGACUCUUACAUUUGUUCAUUUAUUCAUUUCGUUUAUUUGAAUUUGAUUGAUUCUUCUGUAGGUGUUCUUUGGCAACAGUGAUAGAACUACGGUGGUCAAACAUUUUUUUCAUCCUGGCACAGGAAUCUUUGCUCGAAGUAUUCGUUUCCACCCUAAAGCUUGGCAUGGCCAUAUUUCAAUGAGGGUGGAGAUAUAUGGCUGUGAAGAAGGUGUGUAAAUUUUUCAUAUUUUAUCAUUCUCUUUCCGUGAGGCUUUACCGGGGAAUACCGUGCAGGGAGCUUUGCAAACUCAGGCUUGUGACUUUUAGUCACUGUCCAGCAGUAUUAUAAAAAAUAAAAUAGCCACGCCCUACCUAUCACUGACGCCUUACGAAGAGGUUGUGAGUUCCUGAACAUCUCCUAAAAGCAAGGCAGACCAAACAGAUCGAAACGGAUGUGGAAUAAGGGCCAAGGACCAAAUGCCACUUUGCUGCUCAGAGACUCAAAUAAUCGUUUUAACUGAAACAAGGUCUUCAUCACAUACCAGCAUGCCUCUUUCCAGUUUUUUUUUUUCAGCUACCGGCCUGAAAGACUACAAGUAGUCUCUUAUUUUCCUUUGAGUCACAAUAGAUCGAGAGCACGCGUGAGAAGAGAAGGCGGAAGCCCGAACCAAUAUAAAUUGCCCCCUGCGCUCCAAUCUCUCCUCCUUUUUACCAUUAAUUUGCAUAAUUCUCCUUGUUCGCUCGGCGCGCAUGGCUCUGAGACAGUUCUGAGAGGAAAGAAGGACGACCGCUUGCUGUCCGCCGGCGUUCCAAUUAUGCUAUGAUAGAUUUUUUCUUUAAUGGUUCUCAAUUAGAUUUCUCUCUGUUCUUUAGGAAUUAAACAACUAUAAUAGAGCGAAAAUAAGACGAAUGUACACAUUAGUCUCUCUUAGUUACAACCAAGAGAGGAUAAAGGGGACAGAGAAGGCAUCCCGCAUACACACCUUAUUCCAUAGGUAAUUCGUCUCGAGUUAUUUUUAGAAUCGGGGAAAAGUUACCUCGCGCGCUGCGUGGAUGUUUCGUGGAGGUUUCGCAUGACUAAACGCGGUGCAAAACAUGUCGGGCGAAAGGCAAUGGAAGCGUAAAGAGAUCGAGAGCAUUUCUGAAUAUUGAAGUGAAAUGAGUCGGCGCUCACCUGGGAAAAGGGAAUCGCUGGGCUCUUUGACAACCCGUGAAUUCAGUUUAACUCGAAGUUGUCGUAACCUCAGUGCUUUAAUAAAAUGAGAAAUUUCGCCGGUCUAGUGAAACCGCUCGUUUGUAUAAUAAAGCGAAUAGGACGCCAAGUGUAUUUUUGUUGAAUAAUAAAAGACUAAUAAAAGAAUAAAUAUCAAACCAGAAAUUGCUCUCUUCAAACUGUAAAUUAUAAAUGAUCCCGGGAGAAUAUUCAUUGUGUUAAGGAUUUCCCUGCUGUACUGUUAGCUCUAUACAAGAGAGGAAGGGCGAUUCCUUUUUAAUUUUCGUUUCGCUGACACAGCUUUAGCAGAAAUCUCUCUUUAGUCGUUUUCGUCGACAAAACAAAUAGCAAUAUCGCUCUCCGCGUCUCCCGCCAUUUUUUUCUGCGUCAAUUUGGAAGGACGCGUGGCUCUGAGCUUGGGUCAUCCACGCGGAACACAUUCGCGCUAUAUGAUUGGCUGUUGUCUAAUCCCCCUUGGGAUCUAUGGUCUUAAAAAUUAACUCGAGACGAAUUACCUAUGGAAUAGGGUGUGUACGGGGGAUGCCUUUUCUGUCCCCUUUAUCCUCUCUUGUUACAACGCAACACAAAAACUUUAUUACCUACAUUACUGGUUGAAGAAGACGAAGGAGAUUGAAGUUCAUAUUUAGAAUUUGUCUCUGCGCACGCACACCUGGCCUUUGUCAUGAAAAAGGUUAAAUGAAAAAGGUCGAAUAUCAAUCCGAUACCCAAGGUUGACAUACCCAAAGAAAACCCAAAGAAAAGUCUGACUACCGUGGCAUAAAUAUAAAUCCGCUUAUAGCCAGGGCGUUUGAGAAAGCUGUUUAUAACACCUUUGUGAAGUAGGCUGUGGAGGAAAAUCUAAGCACCACUCAAUUUGUUUAUCGUGAAAGUGGAAAUUGCACUAGUGCACUGUUAGCGAUCCAGCUCUUUAACAACAAACACUGAUAUAAUCCAGACUGUGAGGCUGUAUGGGUAUUCGCAAUGGACUUCAGCAAAGCGUUCGACUCAGUCAGACACGAGCUACUAUCCAAUAAACUAAAGUUGUUGCCCCUGAAUGCCUAUAUCAUCAACUGGUAUCACAGUUUUCUUUAUAACGGACAACAAUGUACAGUCCACAACAACCACCUUCACGAGUGGAACGAACUGGGCGAACUGUAGUUCCAUGAGCUGCAACCCUCACAACUGUAAUAAAGAACUUGUCAUAAAGAAGAAAGGGAACUCCACAUUCUAUCCUGUUGUACGUGAUAUACCACAACAUGCCACUCUUGAUUUAUUAGGUUUGACCUUUCAGAAUGACUGUAAAGUUUUUGCAGUGUAUUUUCGAUUUGACACGUUCCGGUUAUUUACAGAUAUGUGCACGACUCUCAUACAUCUUUUCUCGCGACGUCGGUCUGUCUUUAACCAAUAGAGAAGAUAUCCAGGAUAUCAUAACAAGUUGCUAACAUAACCUAUAGACUAUCUGUUUAUGGUGUCUCCGUUGCGGCAAUUAAUGUCCCUCAGCAAUUUUUAGACAGAUGCUAUAAGUUGUGCUUUUAUAUCUACGCAGUUAAAUAUUACAUUACAUUACUACAAAAACGAGACAAAGUGACUUUUAAAAAACUUAAACACCACCCUCUGAAGGUUUGCUUACCGCAAGAAAAGAACAAUUUAACCUACAACCUUAGACGUAAAAGUUGCCAAAGGCCCAAGAUAAACACUGAACGUUAUAAGAACAUAUUUCUAAAUAGAUUAAUUUUUAAAUACAACAUGUUAUGAUAUUUUAUGUUAGAUAUAUGUAUCUAGUUUUUUCACAUUAAUUUUUUAAUCUUCUUAUUCUAUUUUAAUUUAGCUGAACCGUUUAAUCUUUCUAUCCUGUAACAUUAGAUGUGUAUUUUUAUCUAAUGAGCAAUAAAGACAUUUUAUUUUAUUGUAUUUAUUUUUUUAUAAAUGCCGAGUGUUGCCGAGCAUUACAGUUGUUUUCUGUCAACUAUUUUUCAUCCAACAGCACGCAGCUGUUUUCUUCCUCUGGGUAUGGAGAGUGCACAUCUGCCUGAUAGCGCAAUUUCAGCAUCAACAUCAGCCAGCGCCGAUCACAUUCCUCAGUUUGGCCGCCUAAAUAAAAUCCCAGCUAGUGGAAAAGCAGGAGCCUGGUGUGCAAAGAGUAACGAUGGCAACCCGUGGCUACAGGUUUCCUUUGGACGACAAACUACAGUGACUAAAGUGGCGACCCAGGGAAGGUAUGACGCUGACAAAAGGGUGACUAGCUACAGUUUAUCCUACAGCGUGGAUGGUGCUCAUUGGGUCUUGUACAGGCUUUCUAAUGGACACAUUAAGGUAUGACUAACAUGCAGUGGCAUUUCAGGCAAUUCUUAUUGUGUAAGAAACCACAGGAUGUGUUUUAUUUUGAUAUACUCAUAUAUAUCUAGCUGGAUUUUUGAAAAUGUCAUCGCUAAAAUAUACCUCUAGUUGCGUCAAGCUCUCCAAAGUAGCCAUUACAAGUCAAAAACUAAUUGUGCAACAUACGUAACUUUUUUCUCUUCUCUUCUCCUUUUCUCUUGCUCUUUCUAUUUUUCCUUUCCUUUUUCUUCGCUAGUGUAAUUUUCUGGCUUAGUCGGAAACAAAAAAUUUGCCUUUAAGCCUUUAGUUUUCACUCAUUAAUAAAUGGCUGCAAAUUUUGGCAGGUGCGUUCUCAAAACAUCCGGCCAGGAAUUAUUUUUAUUAUUUGGAGUGCAAGUCAUUUCUAUAGAUCUAUGGGGACUUAGCAUAACCUUACUCGGAAACACAGAAGCUUCUUCAGCAUGAUACCAUGUGACCACUUGGAUCAAGUGAUAGUUGUUAUUGCAGACUGCGGGACUUUAUUAUACUUUUCAUUAACAUGUUCUUAUAUUUUUUUUAUACUCUUAACACGGUGGCACUUUGACUUUUAAAAGCCUCGAGCAAGUGUCGUGAGCAUGUAUUUUGUAAAUAUUUUGGUCAGGUAUUUGGAGGCAACGUUGACCGCAACACUCCAGUUCAACAUUCUCUGCAUUCGCCAAUCCAAGCCCGCUAUCUUCGAUUUCAUCCCAAAACUUGGCAAAAUCACAUUUGCAUGAGGGCUGAAGUUUAUGGCUGCCAGGAAGGUAAUUUAUAUAGGAGGAUUUCCUGGAUAGGCUUAUAAAAGGCAACGCGUAUCCGCAACGAUGUUACGAAAAGAUAUUUCAAAAUAUAAAAAUAGUGAACAUGAUAGUAAUACGACACAUGCUUUUACACGUAGUGUUUGUUAACCAUCCGUAAUGCACUGAGAUAGUGGCCAACUGGAAAAUUAACUUUAUGAUGUAUAUAAUGUAAAAAACAACAUGACCUUUCAUUAAUAACGAAACUUAAAACAUUCAAGCAAACUCUUAAGCAUCGAGUACCAUUGACAAAUAUAUAAAAAAUUGGGCAGAACCAGUCCAAUCUUGAUAAUUAUUUGGCUAAUGACUUCCCUGUGUUCUCUUCCUUUUUUUUGUUAACUGAGAAUAAACUUCUGUUUUAUAAGGACACCGUUGUUCCGUGUCCCUUGGAAUCGAAGAUGGCCGAAUUCAAGACAGCGCCAUAACUGCGUCGACCAUUCACAACAGUGCCCACGCAGCCCAUCUCGGCCGUUUGAACCUGGUAGCCAGAUCUGGUAAGGCUGGAGCCUGGUGUGCAAAGACAAGUAACAACAAAGAAUGGUUGCAGAUCGAUCUCGGAAAUCCCACCACCGUCACUAAAGUAGCCACGCAAGGAAGGCAAGAUUCCAAUCAAUGGCCGACCAGCUACUCAAUAUCUUACAGCCUCACAGGUUCUUAUUGGGUCCAGUACACAGAACGCGGUAAAAUAAAGGUAAUAACACUAUACUCAUUACACCGGCCUAAGAAAAGACUUAGUCACCUAAAGCAUCUCUAAAGUUGAAAAAUUGAAAUAAUGAAUAUUAAACUGUUGGCAACUGAAAACAUCCUCGUUUUUCGGCUCGAAUAUAAAUAUUAAGAGACAUUCCUCAGUCAGAGCAUUGGUGAUUUAAGUGUUGAAUCAAAAUGAUGUCUUUAUUGAAGAUAUCAAGCUAAGGCACCGGCACCAAGCCCACAUUGUGUCGUGUGUACUUGAAAAAAAAAAACCCUGUUCACUGACAUUGGUACCCAGCGCAGAGCACCCAAUCUCGUAAACAGAAUCCUCUGGCUUUUUGGUCAGCAGGGCUCUGGGUAAGAGAUUGGCGAGUAACGUGGUUUCCGACAACCAUCUCCGUUUUCUUCAAAUGGUUUAAAACAAACUGGAGUUAAAAAAGAUAUUAGCAAAAAAAUGGUUUGUUUCUCACUGUAACAAAAAAAGCAAGUGCUGGUUGUUAUUAAAUAUUCUAACAUCUUUAUUUUCUAUAAUUCCUCUGUAAUUAUUUGAUGUUUCGAUUUUAUAGGUCCUUCGGGGAAACUUUGAUCGUGACUCCAUUGUUGUCCAUCAUUUUUUCCCGCCAUUUCAUGCCCGCUUUGUUCGAAUUCAUCCUUUGAGCUGGUCAGGUUUUGUUUGUAUGCGUGCUGAGCUGUAUGGAUGUCCUAUUAGGGUAAGAGUCCAGCAGUUAUAG